AAUUUUGAGGUGAGGAUUUACUUUUUUUGAAAGAGCUUCAGGCCUAUCAAAACAUUUUCCAUCUUCACUGGGCUCGCACCAAAAAUAACAUGAUAAAUGCCCUCAUUCACACUGUUGUGUUGUGCUGCUCUCCGCUUCUUCCAGUGCUUAAACGAGAGAGAGAAACAACGAAGAAACAGAAGGCUUAGAGAGAGAACGAAGAAAUGGAUUGAAUAGAGAGAGAAUAAGAGGAAGAAAAGAAGGUAAAAAUAGAAGUAGAUGAGAUUGAUAGAGAAGAAGUAGAAGAUAAUGUUGAUAUCGCAGGGCACUAAAUCCAGUUCUCUUCGCUCCAUAGAACUUUAUUUUCCUCUAAAUCACCCAUUUAAGAAGAAUUUUUCUACACCUUAUCUGGCAUUUUGGAGUGAUUUUUCCAGAGCUCCAGGGUUUAAUAGAUUGAGGUGUCGUGUAAAGAAGAGUAGAAUUAGGAGGAUAUCAAGGGCUUCAGAAUCAACUUUAAACAAUGGGGAGGAAGAUAUGGAAUCAGCACAACUCUUUGAGAAACUGAAGAAUGCAGAAAGGACCCGAAUGGAUGAAUUGGAAAAGCUAGAGAAUAAGGCAAAUAUGCAGCUGGAGAGGCAACUUAUGAUGGCCUCAAAUUGGAGCCGGGCAUUGUUGACCUUGCAAGGAAAGCUGAAAGGAACUGAGUGGGAUCCUGAAAAUUCACAUAGAAUUGAUUUUAGUGAGUUUUGGAGAUUACUGAACUCAAACAAUGUUCAGUUCAUGGAGUAUUCAAACUUUGGUCAAACUGUCUCCGUGAUUUUGCCAUAUUACAAGGAUGGGCAUAGGGAAGGAGAGCAAAAUGAUAGCACAAAGAGAGAAAUAGUCUUUCGCCGACAUGUCGUUGAUCGGAUGCCAGUUGAUUCUUGGAAUGAUAUCUGGCAAAAGUUGCACCAGCAACUAAUAAAUGUUGAUGUUAUAAACGUGAACCCAGUCCAUGCUGAAGUCUAUUCCACAGUUGCAACUGCUGUUGUAUGGUCCAUGAGGCUUUCUCUUGCCAUUGGUUUAUAUCUUUGGAUUGACAGAGUAACAAGACCAAUUUAUGCGAAGUUGAUCCCCUGUGAACUAAAACCUCCAAGAAAAAGAUCAAGACUACCCACUAAGCGUCUUACACUUGGGUCUUUGGGCAAGAGUCGGGCGAAGUUUAUAUCAGCAGAAGAAUCUACAGGGGUAACAUUUGAUGAUUUCGCUGGCCAGGAUUACAUAAAGGGGGAGCUUCAGGAGAUUGUUAGAAUUCUCAAGAACGAAGAGGAAUUUCAGAAUAAGGGUAUUUACUGCCCAAAAGGUGUGCUUCUUCAUGGGCCUCCUGGGACUGGAAAAACAUUGCUUGCAAAAGCUAUUGCUGGUGAGGCUGGGCUUCCCUUUUUUGCUGCAAGUGGAACAGAUUUUGUUGAGAUGUUUGUAGGAGUUGCAGCAGCUCGUGUUAAGGAUCUCUUUUCCAGUGCGAGAUCAUUUGCUCCUUCCAUCAUAUUCAUUGACGAAAUAGAUGCAAUUGGUUCUAAACGUGGUGGACCUGACAUUGGUGGGGGUGGUGCUGAAAGAGAGCAAGGCUUGCUUCAGAUCCUUACUGAGAUGGAUGGGUUCAAAGUUUCAUCAUCACAGGUGUUAGUUAUUGGUGCAACUAAUAGAUUGGAUAUUUUGGAUCCUGCUCUCUUGCGAAAGGGUCGGUUUGACAAGAUAAUCAGAGUUGGGUUGCCAUCAAAGGAUGGAAGGCUUGCAAUCUUAAAGGUUCAUGCGAGAAACAAGUUUUUUAGAUCUGAGGAAGAGAAAGAGGUUCUCCUAAAGGAAGUAGCUGAACUCACGGUAGAUUUUACUGGAGCAGAGCUGCAAAACAUAUUGAAUGAAGCUGGUAUUUUGACAGCAAGAAAGGAUCAGGACUUUAUUGGACAGGAGGAGCUCUUGGAAGCCUUGAAAAGGCAAAAAGGCACAUUUGAAACUGGUCAAGAAGACGAAGCUGAAGUUCCUGAGGAGCUGAAACUAAGGUUGGCAUAUCGGGAAGCUGCCGUGUCUGUUCUUGCGUGCUACUAUCCAGACCAUCACCGCCCAUUCAUUGAGACAGAUAUAAAUUCAAUUCGUGGCAAGCCUAAUAUGCGUUAUAAAGAAGCUUCUGGAAGGGUCUUCUUGAGAAAGUCGGACUAUGUGAAUUCUAUAGUGCAGGCUUGUGCUCCUAGAGUCAUUGAGGUGGAGAUGUUUGGGAUAGACAACUUAAGUUGGAUUUCAGCUAAAGCAACAACGGAAGCUGCAACCCGUGCUGAAUUCCUGAUUCUACAGACUGGGAUGACAGCAUUCGGCAAAGCUUAUUAUAAGACUGAAAGUGACCUUGUACGGAAUCUUUGUCCAAAGUUAGAAGCACUCAAGGACGAAUAUAUGCGUUUUGCUGUGGCCAAAUGUACUUCUGUCCUGAGAGAGUAUCGGUCUGCAGUUGAAACUAUUACUGAUACUUUACUUGAAAAGGGUGCCAUCAAGGGGGAGGAAAUAUGGGAUAUAUAUAAUAAGACUCCACGACUGCCUCAGCCACCAGUGCAACCCAUUGACGAGUAUGGGGCACUCAUCUAUGCAGGAAGAUGGGGAAUAUAUGGUGUUUCUCUUCCGGGCAGGGUAACAUUUGCUCCAGGAAAUGUGGGUUUUGCGACUUUUGGUGCACCGCGACCAAUGGAGACUCAGAUUAUCAGUGAUGAAACAUGGAAGCUGAUAGAUGGAAUUCGGGAGAGGAGGGUGCAGGAAAUCAAAGAGGAAGUGACGAGAGAAAUCAAAGAUGAAGAGGAGAUACCUCAGCUAUUGUUGGCUGAUCAUUUCCUUUGAGGAUUCAUAUAUUUCCGAGCUGCAGUGGAUUUCUGAUAAAGAUGGAUUGCUGAAUUUCCAAUGUCACUUAAGCGGCCUGGCCUGUAAAUGCUCCAAGAAAUAACUUGUUGGUGCUUUUGACAGGUCGUUUGUUUCCAUUACCAUUUGCAGUUAUCGAGGCAUUGUGAUGACAGCAGAAAUCAAGGUUAGAAAUUACUCUCGAACUUAAUUUGGAGAAAGCCUUCACCAACUUGGUCAAGUUUCUCUUGGCAUGCUAUAUUUGGGGUUUGGAAGAAAGCUCAACUAACAGAUUCUCACCUUGAAGGAUGAUGGGCCUCACGAUCUGGGGCACUCAAGCUGCUGUAUUGUGCUCUAGGUGGGAAUCCGGGUUCUUUUGUGUAUGUAUAAGAAAGUUUUUGAAGAUAUUUGAAUUGCGGUCUCCUCAGCUGUCGUAAUAGCUUGUAUCUACUGAUUCUCAUCCUCCUUGAAGGGUCACGGGCCUCAGGAUCAGAGCCUAUGGAGUGUGCAAAAUUAUUCUCUAGAUGCUUUCUAGAUUUUGUUAUGUUUUUUCCAAAAAUUUGAAUUGGGUUCUUCGGGCUGUCGAAUGUGGCUGUGAUCGCCGGAGAAGACCAGAAGCAAGAGUUUAAAACCAAAAGAAUAGCAAUUACUGUCAAUUAUGCGCGGCAAAGUGUAUUCAUUUGCCAAGAUAAAUUUUGACUGGAGUAUUGAAUUAAUUUUAUUUGCGAAUUUUCAAAAAUAUUCAAUGAAAGGCUUGUAAUCUUCCUAAA